AUGGCCGACAACUUUCCUGCGGAACUGGUGCGGAAAGUGUUGCUUCACGUCAAAACAGAUCUCGAUGUGUCUCGGCCUCAACCCUUCCUCCUCAAGACGUUCACUGUCUGCAGGCUCUGGCGUGACAUAGGCUAUGAGUUGCUCUAUACCGAUAUAUCAUUGACAAGGGCUCAGAUCGCAAAGUUUGUGGAAUCCUCGUCUGCCGGUCAAGCAUUCACUCGCUCCCUUAGCAUCCGCAUUUCCUACACGGAAUGGCCUUACCGCAAUCCUGACAGAUUGCUCGAUGUCUGUUCGGCAGCCAGUCUGAAGAAAGUCAUACAGCCCAUACCUCAGAUCGUACAGGCCAUGGUACGACUGGAGAGUUUCAGUUUGGUAGCCUCAGCGCGUGCAAGAGUGCGCCUGCCAUUGUGCAAGGCAGUGGAGAGUACAAUUCCAGAGAUCCUGCAAGCGUUGCCGAAGUCGCUGAAGCAUUUGGAACUCGACGCUGGUGAUGCCGAUUUUCAGCAAUGCUUGCCACCCUUGGUGCACCCCUGCUUCUGUCGUUCAUUGAGAGAGAGAAUGCCCUCGUUAUCCAACCUGCGUCUCCGGGUUUCCAGACUGUGUGGAGAGCUUUUUAAUACGAGCCCUGUCGAAUUCCCAGAGGACACAAACGUCAGGCCCAGGAACGAUGCAAUGGGAUGUACGAUACUCAUCAACACCAUCGAAUCUAGUACCCGCCGCCUCUCCUAUGCUAGACCCCCCUUACAAAAUCCCAUUGCGGCCAACAAUCUUCGAGAUCUCGCUUCCAUUGCUCAAUCAUCUAUCGCUAAGGGCAGACUUCAAAACCUGCAGCGGCUCUCGUUCUUUACAUUAAGACGAGGACUCGUAACAGACCCACUGUUUUCCGCUGUAAAUGAACUAGUGUUGGCUCCAGCCACCAGAACGUUGAGAUAUCCAUUUGAGGAUGCUACUUUUUUGCGUUUCCAGGAACCGGAUGGCUCACAGAUGGAAGCUUGGGGCCAGCUGGAUGAUCUCAUGGAUCUCAUAGAGGGCCGAGUCUGGGUCGAGACGGCUGAAAGAUACAGGCUGCCCCGUGUCUACUUGAAGCAAACACCGCGAUUUGCUUCAUCCGUGGUCAUGAAUAAAGUUGUAGUUCUGAACGGGCCAUUUGGGGCUCGACUCCGGGGGGCAUUGUCUGUCCACGAGAAAGCCGAAGGUCGUCAACUUCUGCGGGUGCAGGAAAUCCAAGGCUUGAGGGUCGGGUUCGUGAAGCGGGAUCUGACAACAAAGGAAUUAGAGAAUGCACUGGAGGCAGGGAAUGCCGUUGUGCUGGCUGCUGGAGAUGAAAAUGGAGACGAUGUCUGGAUUCCGUGA